AUAUUAUAUUAUGGUGUGAAUAGUACCUUGAUAAGAAUAGAUAAAACAGUUUUAGUGUCAAAACUACAUAAAUAAUCUAAACGUAAUCACGUACUUUGAUUAGACAUAAUGAUUAACGAUGAAGACAUUACAUGAGAUAAGGCAUGAAAUGUAUAUUAAACAUAUGAACACUUAAUAAACAUUACAAUAUAAAUGGUUAACAAAUUUCCAAGGUUUUGUCAAGUAAUGCUUUUAUAAAUUUAGAAAUAUUUUACAAGAACUAACAAAGGUUCUAGUGCUCAAAUACUAAAACACCACCUCGGAGAUUAACAUUCACUUGUUAUUCGUGGUUGUAUACUUAAUAACUCAAAACUGGCAAUUGUGUCAAAGGUAACGACAUGGAGAAAAAGUCAUACUAACAGCUAACAGCUAAGUUCAAUUUCAUUAGUGUACCAUAUAUCAUACUAAGAUGCAUUAAAUUUGUGAGAGCCAUACCUCUCUAUUCACGAUAUUAUAUCGAUGGUACGUCACACUAAACGUUUUUUUUACUUUUACCAUAUUCUAUAUCUAUUCUUUGUUCGAUUAGUUUCUAUUGACAGAUUUUUAGCCUUAAUUACUAUCCAUGUAAAAACCAUUAAACAUGGAUCCCCAGUAUCUACAACAUUUCUUUUUCCACAUUGACUGCUUUAACCACAAAAUAUUAGCACUAACAUUUUCUGCCAAAUCUUAUGUAAUUAAUGUUCGAUCAUAGUGUGGCUCUAUUAUUUCUCCCUACCAUAAACUGCUGCUAUUUUCCAUAAUUAAAAUCUUUUUCUAUAAAUUCAGUAUAUUUUCUUUUACGACACCAUUUACUGCUUUACCUCUCAAGUUCCAGGAAGUAAAAACUCGUAUCCCUAAUUUUGCAUGCCAAAUAUUUUGCUCUUUUUUGUCUAUGUUCUUUGGAUUGUCCUAAUUUCUUCUUCCAAUUAUUUCUAUGUUUUGUGUUUGUUAUCUUAUUUGGUAGUGUAAGUGACAAACUGGACAAUCACUUGUUCUAUAUUUGCUCAAGCAAGUUGUCUUGAUGGAACAGAGUCCUGAUGAUCGGGUAUCCACAUUGUUCUUUCUCAAAAUUUCCCAAUUUUGAUGCAUCUCUUUUCAUCUUACAUACUAUAGUUAACUUUUAUAUUUUCAUAACUGUAUAUAUGUGAACUAAGAGAGUGUUUAUCUUGGAUGCACUUUAACACUGCAAGUUUGUGUUAUAAAAGUUGAUGUCAACUGUUGCAAAGCUUGUCCAAAGGAGUUGAAGAAAGUUUUAUCACAAGUUGAAGGUGUAUUUGAUGUUAUGUAUGAUCCAACAACAAAGUUGGCUACCAUUAAAGGAAGAUUUGAUCCUUCUGUACUCAUGAAUACCACUAACAAAAUGGGAAAGAAAGCAGAACUCAUAUCCUAUAACAGACAUCCCCCUAUUCAUGAAGAAACACAUACUGCCCCUGAUCAACAAAAUGCAGCAGCUCCUAAUCCCUACAAGGACAAGGGCAAGAAUAAAGUCGGACAGAAGAAAACGAAUAGAGAUUCUUCGUGUCACGAUUAUUCUGAUGAUGAUUUGGAUGAAGCUGAAGAGCUUGUAUCAAGAAAAUCAGAUAAGUAUCACAAACCUGAAGCUUAUGUGCCCCCUAAAGGGGUAGAUGAAGCAAUUUGCAGAAUACACAAAAGACAUGGAUCUAUUCACGAUCGUGUAACUAAAGAAGCGAGAGAGAAAGCCUCUUCUAUGUUUUGGCAGAUACCACAUCUUUACCAAGAGUUAUAUGGCAGAGAAGCUAGUUACCCGCAUUAUUGUCCGAGUAUGUUUCCACCGGGGUAUGGUUAUUAUCCGCCAACUUUGCUCAUGUCAGGGCUGAAUGACCCAACCAGUUACCUCAACAAUGAAAAUCCAAGCAAAUGCAAUACUAUGUGAGGCUGGAAGCUAUACUAAGCUCGGUGCUUACUCUGGUCACGUUUUAUUUCCGUGUUCUAAUGAUUGUUUAUCACUGGGACUACUGAAAAGUCAUACUUACAUGACUGCUAUGCAUUGUUUUAUGAGUUUUUAACUUUUAUACACUGAAGAGCAAAAUAAUUUUUACACAA